AUGGCCGACUCCGAUGAAGAAUAUGUGGGAGAUGUGACUGAGGAUGAGGAUGAUCUCCAGGUGACUCGAGGUGACAACCCACGAACCAAGAAGAGAAAACAACGUGGAGCUGCAGAAUGGGAGCUAUCCAGAACCUGGGAGACACUCGUUGAAGGAGCGGAUGGUACUAUCAGUUCAACCGUCGAGGGGUUAUUAGAAGCUAAUAAACGGAAAAGGCUCUUGAAAGAUACGACCCCUCUACAGCGCGGUAUCAUUCGACAUCUCAUCUUAAUUAUCGAUCUGUCACAAUCCAUGUCCGAAAAGGACUUGCGACCGACAAGAUAUCUAUUGACCCUCCGAUAUGCCCAAGAAUUCGUAAGAGAAUUCUUCGAACAAAACCCCAUUUCCCAGCUCGGGGUUCUUGGUCUGAGAGAUGGUCUUGCGCUCCGAGUCAGUGAUAUGAGUGGUAAUCCAACCGAACAUCUGACAGCCAUCCAAGCUCUCAAAACACAAGAUCCAAAGGGGUUGCCUAGUCUUCAAAACGGAUUGGAGAUGGCACGUGGUGCUCUUUUCCAUACACCUAGCCACGGCACUCGAGAAGUGCUAAUCAUAUUUGGGUCCCUUCUUUCCUCCGACCCUGGAGACAUUCAUCAAACGAUAGGUACCCUGCUCACCGACAAUGUCCGGGUUGGAAUUGUCGGACUCGCCGCCCAGGUCGCAAUCUGCCGGGAACUUUGUACAAAGACAAAUGGUGGCGAUGAAACCGCAUAUGGAGUCGCGCUGAAUGAGCAGCACUUUAGAGAACUGAUGAUGGACGUGACUACGCCUCCCGCUGCCUAUUCCCAAAAAGAAUCUGCAUGUUCAUUGCUGAUGAUGGGAUUCCCCUCCCGAACAGUGGAGGCCACCCCCUCUCUCUGCGCUUGUCAUUCCAAGCCCUCACGAGGAGGCUAUCUUUGCUCACGAUGCAAUAGCAAAGUGUGUAGUCUUCCGGCUGAAUGCCCCUCAUGCGGGCUCACACUGAUCCUAUCAACCCAUCUGGCGAGAUCGUACCAUCAUCUUUUCCCGUUGAUCAAUUGGGUUGAGGUACCAUGGCGUCGAGCUUCACGCAGUUCCGCUUGCUUUGCUUGUGGAAUUUCUCUCCCGCCGGUUCCCCCCGAAGAUCAAUGGCAAAGCAUAGAGAAUCAAACCAAAGGAAUGAGCGUGAGCAGUCGGUACGAGUGUACUGCAUGCCAUAACCACUUUUGUAUCGACUGUGAUCUCUUUGCCCAUGAGGUCGUGCACAAUUGUCCCGGUUGUCAGAGCAAAAGUUCACUGCCUCUACAGUCCAGGGAUUCCAACGCACCGGAGGUAAUGGAUACAACGGGUUAG